CUGAUGCUGCUGAUGCUGCUUCUGCCUGCGACGUAACGGCGGAUGAGAACAGGAGAAUAAUCUCUUUUGCUUCAACCAAACGGCCGCACACAUUUCGGAGUGGAAACAAAUAAAAGACCUCUGACAAAACAACCGAAAGUCAAAAGAGAGCCCAGAAAAGGUAGCAACUCAACGUUUCCAACCCAAAUCAUUUUCCCACUUAAAAAAGAAGAAAUACAAUAAGAAAUUCCUGAGGGACACGCCGCAGGACGCCCUGGCGAGAGGAAGGAGCACAUUUCUGUCUUCACAAAGCCCACUGACGACAGAGUGGGCAAGAGAAGGGAAGCAGAGAGCUGCGAUCCUGUGAGAGCAUGAAGAUAAGCUGUGGCUCUCCUCACUGCAGCCCGACAAGACAUGACGUAACACGGGUGACCUGCUAAUCGAACAUGAUAGCCACAAAGCUGUGACUGACAUUGGAAAGCCCGCACCCCUUCAGUACCCUACACGGACCCCAAACCUCCUCUGUCAGCGGCCUUACCUGACUUUGUAGCGGAAUUUUUCUUUUCACCGACAAACACAGCCUCCUUUGUGCCUGCCCUUGCAACUCUCUUCUGGAUUGAAAAGCAUCCCCUCGUUCAUCUUCAUAAUGCAGAGUCUUUCCACCACAUCAGGUUUCAUUGCUAUUAUUUCCUCCCUCCUAAUUGCCAGCCGCUUUCCCGGUGUGGUCAACGGGGACUGCUGGCUCAUUGAGGGGGACAAAGGUUACGUGUGGCUGGCUAUCUGCAGUCAGAACCAACCACCGUACGAGACAAUCCCACAACACAUUAACAACACUGUCCACGACUUGAGACUCAAUGAGAACAAACUUAAAGCUGUGUCCCUAAACUCCAUGUACCGAUUCACAAACCUCACAGAUCUCAAUCUGACCAAGAAUGAAAUCAGCUACAUCGAAGAUGGCGCCUUUUCGGGACAAGCUAACCUACAGGUCCUACAGCUGGGCUACAACAAAUUAACCAACCUGACAGAGGGUAUGAUGAGGGGGCUAAGCCGAAUGCAAUGUCUAUUCCUCCAGCAUAAUCUAAUUGAGGUUAUUGCCAGCAAUGCAUUCUGGGAGUGCCCCAGCCUUAGCAGCAUUGAUCUGUCAUCCAACAAACUUGGCCGGAUUGAUCCCUCGACAUUCACUGUUCUAAAUCACCUAAUGGUUUGUGAACUAGCAGCAAAUCCUUUCCAUUGUGGCUGUGAUCUUUACAGUUUCCUUAUCUGGCUGGAAUCUUUCAACAACGUCACACACACCUACGAUCGUCUUCAGUGCGAGACACCCCGGGAGAUGUUCGGCUUUCCCCUACUAAGCCCUAUUGCUUCCGGUCAUGCCGCUCGAAAUGCCAAAAACAUCUUGUUCUCCCACUGCAAAGACGGAGUGAUGAUUCCUGGAAUGACAUCCCUUCCGCCAGACCUGGAUGGUCCUUCUGGGAUGGGUCCAGAUAUGUACGGUGGUGUGGGUCCUUACCACCAGCCAAACACCUCCACAGGGAUAGAAAACAACUUCCUUCCAAGCAUCAAGCUCCAUCAGGUGUCUUUGUCAUCAGUGACGCUUCUCGUCCAGAUUCCGAGGCCCUUCAGCAAAAUGUAUAUUCUAACAGAGUACAACCAAACGUAUGUGUCUGAUGUUAAGACGCUAAAGAACAUCCAGGAAAAGAUCACCCUCAGCAAACUCAAACCACACACCAAUUACACCUACUGUGUCGCAUCCAUCCGUAACUCUCAAAGAUAUAACCACACCUGCCUCACGUUCUCCACUCGCUCCGAGAACAUACUCCCUACACCUUCCACCACUACACACUACAUCAUGACAAUAGUGGGCUGCCUAUUUGGCAUGCUCAUUGUUUUGGGCUUUGUCUACUACUGUUUACGAAAGAAACGUAUGCACGAUGAGAAGAAGAAGGUUAUCUGUGUCAAGAAAACUAUUCUGGAGAUGCGCUACGGACCUCAGGUGGCAGCAGCAGUUGCAAAUGAUCCAGCAGCAGUCCACAAGCUGCAGGAACACUCCAGAGAGCACCACCAAUAUCAUCACCACCACGGGGGCAAGCUACCCAUGUCUACAUCUUCGAGCACUGGAAUGCUUCACUCAGCGAACACCAGUUCCUCAAGACUGUCGUCCAUCCCCCAAGUGGAGAAGAUGGCCACGGCUUUCUCAGAGGCCAUGGCAAGUAAAGGGAACUACAUGGAUAUCAGAAGUGGGGGGGCAGGGAUGGAGAGGCUCGGAGGAGACAGUGGACAUGGAGUGAUGAGAGGGGAUGAUUUAAGGGAGGAUGAUGGAACUGAUGUUGGAGAAGACUCUGAGGAAGACGGGCAUGGCUCAGCAUCAGAGAUCUCGACCAUUGCAAUGGAGGUGGACAAAGUCAACCAGAUUAUUAACAACUGCAUUGACGCAUUGAAGCUAGAUGCAGCCACUGUUGCAGCUUCAGGCUCCUCUCCAAAUCCUACACCUUCCUCCAACCCUACCUCCCCACCCCCAAACAGCUCAUCCGCUCUUACCCGUGGCUUGAUUACUCUAUCACAAGGGAUGACAGACUCAUGCCAAGGUAACAAAAUCCCACCUCCACCCCCGCUCCCUGCCUUGAAUACCCCACUUGCUGAGCGCCCAGGGAUCAGCGGUGGUGGCUUCGUCGUCACCCCUCCCUACAGACCGCCACCACCGGCCAAUGCUGUACGGCCCAUUCAGCGCCAAAUGAGUGCGGAUGCAGCUGUGGUGAUUGUGAACGCUGUCAAGAAACAGACCAGCACCAACUCUUGUGGCUCUGUAGGCCGGGACAGGGAGCGUGGAGGAGCUCGUGUCUAUAGUCUAGAUGUUCCAGAGCCAAGGAGUCCAGAUGCCUGUAAUCAACAACAAUACUCAGACCGGGCCAGUCCUGUGGGUUGUGGGGAGCCCCUGGACAGACUGCCGUUAGUGGGGAGUAUGAGCUGCACUGGAGGGGGUGGCGGUGGUUGCGACAGUGGUGGUGUUGGUGCCCAACAUCAGGAAAACCAAAAUGCCCAUCAUUAUCAUCAACAGCAACAGCAGUUGGAUGUGCAGCAGGACUACCACUGCUCAGAGCACCGCCACUCUGUCCCAGCUCUCUACUACGACGGCUCCCACCAGGGGUCCCCAGCCCAGAGGGUUUCCUUCCUAAAGCCGCUGUCACGCUCCCGUAGGGAUGCAGCAUCUUACUCCCAGCUUUCGCCGGGUCGCCACCAUUCUAGUUACUCCGGCUACUCCUCCAGUCCUGAGUACUCUUCGGAGAGCACACUGAGGAUCUGGGAGCGAUUCCGUCCUUACCGUAAAGGCCAGCGUGAUGAGGCUUGUUACGUAACGGCCGGUAACGCCCUUCGGAAGAAGGUGCAAUUUGCUAAAGGCGAGGACUUGCAUGACAUCCUGGAUUACUGGAAGGGUGUAUCGGCACAGCAAAAGCUUUGACUGGGGGACCAGUAUUGAGCAUUGCUUGUUUACUUCUGGUUCUACUUUGCCAUUUGUCAGAUGGAGAACCUUCUUAAAGGUAGAGAGAAGAAAAAUCUUGGACACUAUUUUGCCUUUUCGUUUUUUUGGCAUGCUCUGUGUAUAGGAUAUUGUGCUUCGAGCACAGACUGUGCAACUGUGCCUGGGACACCUGGGAUAGAAUUCAUAAUGGCUUUUUUUUAUUUUACAAUUCAUUGUAGCACCGUUUAAAGGACAUUUUACAUUUUCAGGUUUUGUUGAUCUCACAAAGAGCAAACGUUAACGGUUUAUCAAUAUUCGCGUGGCCACGUUUUGGGAUCUUUUAGACCGUACUCGCUCAGUGCCAUGUGUUUUUAAUCUUUGGGAAAUCACCAGUGUUAAAUUGGAAGAACUCGUCACUGGAGCUGGGAGGUUUACAUAAUGCAGCACGUGGAUAUAUUUAGACCCGAGUGGAAGUUACUCUGUUGGAGGUGACCACAUGCUGUACUGUUGACAGAGUUGUCAGACGCAGGCUGGACGUACCAGAUGGGGCAGAGACAUUUGCAUUUCAACAGCUAAUGCCACACAAGGAGAAGUAAAUACAUGAAAGGAAAUCUGCGGUUUAACGUCAGUAUGAAAGAUUCAAAUCAGUGCGUAGCAUUUUUUUUUCUCUUGAUUAUUAUGUCAACAAGUGAUGCAAAUGGGAUUUUGUGAGAAUUUGUGGAAUAUCAUACAGCAGGAGAAGACAAGUAACAGUACAUUCCAAAUCAUUUAACAUUUAAAUGUAAUGACACGGGGGGAAAACAACCCUUUUAAUAUUACUGCCAGCAUCUCUUUUCAGUUAUCUUCGAAUGUCAAUUGACUCAAUUAUCCAUCUCGUGACAGGCAUGUUCGCUUAUGGUUUAUAACCGUCUGUGUGUAUGUGUGUUUAGUACACAGUGGUCAGUGUAAGUGGGUGUUGGCAUGCCUUGUCAGAUUAUAUUGUCUGCGCCCAAAUUGAUUUUAAUUCAUACUUGUGAAUAUAUAAUGGAUGUCUGGCUGUGUAUAACUAAUGUCACAUGACUAAACAUGUGGAUGAAUGCACAAAUAACAACAGUUAUUUCUCAGACAUACUGUACAUGGUGACACUAAGCUAUUCUUACGCAGCACAGUGCCUCUUGCUACUGUUUGAGCACCAUUAUCCAAUUUUUUUUGUUGGCCUUUUGCAAAGAUCUGCCCAAACCGCUGUGAAACAUGACCAUUCUUGGUUGUUUAACUGCUACCGUAAAAUGUGAAAAACUCAAGUGAUCCUUGCCUCAUAUUUCUAUUUAGGGCUAAACUCCACAGAAAACUGCUUAGAGACAUUUGAGGUGUUUUUUUUUUAUUGUUUCUUGUCUUGUACAUAUGAGUUGUAAGGGAAAUAAAGUUUGGGAAGCUUUAACCGUAAGCAUAUAUGCCACAUAAAGCAAAAACAUACAUAUAUAUAUUUUUUUAUGUAUUUUCCCUCAAGUCAUCUUUCCUUAAGCUGUCCUCAGAAGAAUUAAGUAGGAUUUUGUACAAAAAGUCAUUAACUAUGAAAAAAAUAGUAAAAAAGUACUAUUGGAUUCCUGGAACAAAUUAAAUUAAACUUGUUUUUCUUCAUUUGUAUGUUGAGAAGAACAAUGCUGCAUUUAGGGGUUCCAGUUGGACUAAGAGUGGGCAAACAGUUCUAUGUUUUUAAAAGACAGGCUGGGCCCUUGCAAUUAUAACAGAGGGAUGAUGUGCAUUUCCCGAUUAAUCGUUUAACAAAUCAACAACUGAAUGGAUGUGGCUUAUUAAUGCUGCGCUUAUUUAAGUCCUGCAACAUUGCAGUUAAGGUAAAGUUCUCAGUUUGACGCAGACGUGUUGACGGAAUUCACCAUCCUGUCAUACCACAUGGCUCGUUAGAGAUGGGAUUGCAAUUAUAAUAAAAUGUACCGUAUUUUCCGGACCAUAAGGCACACUUAAAAACUUUUUUUUUUUUUUUUCAAAACUCAACUGUGCAUCAAUGUACGGAAUAAUUCUGGUUUUGCUUACCGACCUCGAAGCUAUUUUAUUUGGUUUUGAUUGAGACUUUUAUUAGUAGACUGCACCGUACAGUACAUAUUCAGUACAAUUGACCACUAAAUGGUAACACCCGAAUAAGUUUUUUAACUUGUUUGAGUCGAGGUCCAGGUUUAAGAAUUCAUGGUAAAAUUGGUACAGGGUGAAAUGAUAAGAGUGACCAGUAGAUGGCAGUUAAACAUAAGAGAUACGUGUAUAUUGCAAUGUAAUGGCAGUCAGACACAAGAGAUACGUGUCGACUGCAAUAUGACUCAAGUAAAAAACAACAACAUUGUAUAUGUUCCAUUGAAAAUAUAGAACAUUGCACACGACGCUCAAAAAUCUAAUCAAAAAUGUUUUAGUACGACUUUGGUAAGCUAUGAAGCCGCAUCUCUUGAUGGAUUUUACUGUGCUUCAACAUCCAGGUAUUAUUAUGGUGUGUGUAUAACGUAAGACAUAUUAUCCGGCGUUUUAUUUCGCAAUAUUAUGCAAAUCAACUUUUCUUACCGUCAGGCCCCUGCUGAUCUGUAUUUGGGAUCUGAGUCCUGGAAAAUUGCGCGCAUCCGCCUUUGUAGUUAGUGUUGACUACAUCGUCGAUAAGCUUUUUUUUAUGACUUAGUCUUCUUAUAAUGGGACAUUCAUCCUUUACUGUAACCAUUUCUAAUAUAAAGUAGCGUAAAUUUCUUACUUAUAUCUUAUAAAAAAUUGUGAAAAACUAGAAUUUUUGCAACAGUGCUAUCAUAGAGAUGCUUUUUGACUAGCUUCUUUGCACGGCGCGCCUUUAAGUCUGACAAAAUAAAUGGACUAAAAUCAAAAUAUCUACUACGGUUGUAUGGUAUGCCGGUAUUAGUAUAGUACCGCAAUACUAACGAAUCAUAUUCGGUACUAUACCUCCUCUGAAAAGUACCGGUCCGCCGUCGUCAUCACGUCGUGACAUUGCUGGUUUACGAGCAGGCGAGCAUGUUCGGCAGCGCACAAACACAGAGUACUUACAGGCAAACAUUGUGUAAAGACAGAAAAGGGAGAACAGAGGCAUUUUGGCUUAAAAACUAACGAUAAAGGCGAAGUUCUAACACUGAAACGCCCUCAGGAAGAGGUGCUUUAAGACAUUGCGAGCAGUCUGCAGUGUUGUAGCUACUUCUAAAUCACUAAUCCUCGCCUCCAUGGCGACAAGUAAAGUACGUUUCUUACAAAUAUCAUCCCUGCAGGACGAGGAAUAGCUAAACAUGCUUCUCUACACACCAAAAUGUAAACAAACGCCAUUGGUGGAUCUACACCUAAAAUCUUCUGUAACGAUACCAAGUACAGGAGUGUAUCUUGUCGAUACUACUUUGAUUACGUCAAUAUUUUUUGGCAUCAUAAAAUCUUAUUUUGUUUUUUUAAAAUGUAUAUUAUGUUUAUAAACUCAGGAAAUAUGUCCUGUAACGAUUGAUACACAAAUUUAUGGUAUCAUCCAAAACUAAUGUAAAGUAUCCAAACCACAGAAGAAUACGUGAUUAUUACAUUUUAACAGAACAUGUUAAAAAAAAAAGUAAGCAGAGAUUAACAGUAAAUGAACAAGUAGAUUAAUAAUUCAUUUUCUACCGCUUGUCCUUUAUAAUGUUGACAAAAUAAUAGAAUGGAAAAUGAAAAAAUAUGUUACUGCAUGUGUCAGCAGCUAAAUUAGGAGCCUUAGUUUACUUACUACUAAAAGACAAGUUGUCUUGUAUGCUCACUAUUUUGUUUAAUGACAAACUUGCAAUAAGAAUCAUAUGUUUAAUGUACCUUAAAUUUUUUGUUAAAACAAAGCCAAUAAUGCCAUUUUUUUGGAGUCUCGUUUAUUUAGAAAAAUAUCGAAAAGUAUUCAAAUAAUUCUGGUACCGGUACCAAAAUAUUAGUCUCUGUAUUCUAUUGCUUUUGAUUGAUUGAUUGAAACUUUUUAUUAGUAGAUUGCACAGUACCGUACAUAUUCCGUACAAUUGACCACUAAAUGGAAACACCCGAAUAAGCUUUUCAACUUGUUUAAGUCGGGGUCCACGUUUAUCAAUUCAUGGUAACGCUGGUUCUCAGGAGUAUACAAAAUUAAAAGAAAAAACAAUGACGGAAAAGCCGGCCCCACACUCCUUAGCUUUCUGGAAAAUUGACCCCUUAAACAGCUUAGUUGUAUAUCCCUUCACUAAAAAUAUAUUAUUGACACAAGUAUUUAUUUUUCAAAUGUUUCGUAUUUUGCAAACUUUUUGUACGAUUUUCGACAGCAUUCUUCUGAGAACACUUUGCUUUUUUUGGUUUCUGAUUCACUUAAAAUUUUGACUCCCUGUGACCUUAAACAGGAUUUUUCUGAUUUUACACAUUUCGGUCUUGAAAAUGACUAAGUUGCGAAUGAGAUUAAACCCUCCAAGGUUCCAAAUGUGGUGCUUGUGGCUCUGGAAACAACUGCUGGAGGGUUUUUUUCUCUGGGGGAAAUCUUCUUCAAACUGGGAUCACCUUAAAAGGUUGCCAGUCUACUGUGAUUGAAGCCCAUGUUCACCAUUCAUCGGACAUGAUUUCCUUCUUUGCCAAAACAAGUUCACACGACGAGAAGUGUUGGACGUUCAUUGCGGCUGCCACUUUAUAAAAUGUGUCAUGACUGGAUGAAAAAUGUAUUUUAUGGUCAGGGUCACCCCGUAUAGGGCCCCACGACCCAUUGGGGGUCGAAGAAGCCCAUGUAAAUUUACCACAAAUAUAUUCCAAGCCCCUUCCUGCUUUGUCACUGAUAUCAAAAUAACAGAACACCCCCCCUCCCUGGUCAAUAGUAAAACAUAAUUUGUUGAAAAAAUGUUGUUGAAAGUUCAGUCAAACAUUUUAUUGAUGGAAUUGCAUAAAAAGAGACAUGUUUAAGUGCUCUCCUGCUCAGUACUUUCAAAUUUAAUUUGAACAUUUGACAAAAGCCGGGUGACCUUUUUACUUUAAAUUAUGGCGUAAAAAGCCUUGAAGUCUCUGGGGAAAAAAAUGUUUUUAUUCAAAUGAGGCCUACAUUGCCGGCACUGACAUAACUGAAAACCUUCUGGCACAAGCGAGCUGUGUAAAUAGGAAUGGAUUUAAAAAAAAAAAAUGUAUUUUGUUGGUGCACUAAAUGAAACCGUAAUGCAAGUAGUUGCUGUUUGAAAACAUUAAUGGUCAUUAACUUACUUUGGAAUGUUUAUUUAUGUUGUUUGUUGUUCAUCAUUUACUAUAUGAAAGCUAAACUACAUAAAACAGUAAUGCAAGAAGUUGCUGAUGGAGAUUUUUAAUAGUUAUUAAAUCACUUUGGAACAUUUUAUUUUUGUUUUUUCCAUCAUUCCAAUCAUAUUUACUCCACAAAACCUAAACCAAACAAAAAUAGUGCUGGUAAUUGCUGAGUGAGGACAUUAAUGGCAUUUAAAAUACUCACUUGGAAACAUUUUAUGUACGUUUUUUUUCUUCAUUUGU